UACUUGUUAGAAAAUUGCUAACAAUGUAUUUGCUGCCAUGUCAGAUAUGCAGGCACUAGAUAGAGUGCGGCCUGGACCCGAUGUGGAUACCCAGUUGGCCCAGCAGCCGAAUCAUCGGUCAAGUCCACUUUGGAGGUGCGCCGCUGACGAGGAGGCGCCUGGCAUGAUAAAGGUUCGACGCCGUAAAUGUGUAUUGCCACAGGGUGGGUUAGAUCCACGUAUCAUGCAACACAUAGAUGCAACAGGGUUGACUGGUUUAUUCAAGGUUCCUGAUAUGGAGGUCGACCACGCCUUGAUCACGGCGUUGGUUGAGCGGUGGCGUCCGGAGACGCACACGUUCCACUUACCCCAUGGAGAAAUGGGUAUCACCUUGCAAGAUAUGGAGGUGAUGCUGGGGCUUCCGGUGGAUGGGUUGCCUGUCACUGGGAAGACAGACUACAAAUGGAGUGAGCUGUGCGAACAGUUGUUGGGCCAUAAACCUCCACCCCCGAUACCAAACUCAAACAAGUCUACCCUUGCUGGGGCGAGGAUAAGAUACACCUGGCUUGAUGCACAGUUUGCCGAUCCCUUAGUUGUGGACGCUGCUGACGAAGUCGUGCAGCAACAUGCCCGCUACCACCUACUUGUACGGAUGGGGGCCCUCUUGUUCAUGGACAGGUCUGCGGACCGGGUCUCACUGCUGCCUCUGCAGUUGCUCAACCCAGUCAGCAAUGCGAGACGGUAUAGCUGGGGUAGUGCAGCAUUGGCCUGGCUGUAUAGGCAACUUUGUGGUGCAUCGAAGAAGGAUGCGAUGCAGAUUGGAGGAGCACUCUUGUUGGUGCAGCUAUGAGCCUAUUCAAGGUUCCCACAAUUAUGCCCUGUUGUGAGGCCGCCUCUACCGCCAGUGCACUCAGGGCCCCUUGCCAUUAGGUGGAGCGGGCCAAAAUGCACCGCAGAGCAUGCCACACACGUCCUUGCUGCGUACCGGGCGUCACUGGCUACAGUACGGGCCGAGCAGAUUGUAUGGGAGCCGUACACACAUACGCUAGGCUCCCUACCUGCGUAUUGCACUGCUGGGCAGCAUAUUUGGAGGGCCGAGGUGCCGUUGAUAUUCUUUUGGAUAGUGGAGUGGCAUCAUCC